GCGGAGCCUCUGACGUCAGUGCGCGAUAUCGUUCCGCGGGCGGGAGAUCGGCGCGGCCUUUUCCUCGCAACAGCGGCUGAUGAAGAGCAGCAGAAGCAGUAGCGCGGGAACUGCUCGUCUACGGUGUUAGGCGUGGACGCGACGCAACUCUGACCCGACUCUCCCGUCAGAAUGGAGCUGAUCACAAUCCUCGAAAAAACCGUGUCUCCAGAUCGGAAUGAGCUGGAGGCGGCGCAGAAGUUUCUGGAGCAGGCGGCCAUCGAGAACCUGCCCACGUUCCUGGUGGAGCUGUCCAAGGUGUUGGCCAACCCCGGGAACACGCAGGUGGCUCGGGUCGCGGCCGGCCUGCAGGUCAAGAACUCUCUGACCUCCAAGGACCCGGAUGUGAAGACACAGCACCAGCAGAGAUGGCUGGCCAUCGACUCCAGCGCACGCAGAGAGAUCAAGAACUACGUGCUGCAGACCCUGGGCACAGAGACGUACCGGCCCAGCUCAGCCUCUCAGUGUGUGGCGGGCAUCGCCUGCGCAGAGAUCCCGGUGAACCAGUGGCCCGAGCUCAUCCCUCAGCUGGUGGCCAACGUGACCGACCCCAGCAGCACCGAGCACAUGAAGGAGUCCACGCUGGAGGCCAUCGGGUACAUCUGCCAGGACAUCGACCCCGAGCACCUCCAGGACAACGCUAACCAGAUCCUGACCGCCAUCAUCCAGGGCAUGAGGAAGGAGGAGCCCAGCAACAACGUCAAGCUGGCCGCCACCAAUGCCCUCCUCAACUCACUGGAGUUCACCAAAGCCAACUUCGACAAGGAGACCGAGAGACACUUCAUCAUGCAGGUGGUGUGUGAGGCCACGCAGUGUCCGGACACCAGGGUGAGAGUGGCUGCGCUGCAGAACCUGGUGAAGAUCAUGUCUCUGUAUUAUCAGUACAUGGAGACGUACAUGGGCCCGGCGCUGUUCGCUAUCACGAUCGAGGCCAUGAAGAGUGACAUCGACGAGGUGGCCUUACAGGGAAUCGAGUUCUGGUCUAACGUCUGUGACGAGGAGAUGGAUCUGGCCAUUGAAGCCACUGAGGCCUCGGAGCAGGGACGUCCUCCAGAGCACACCAGCAAGUUCUACGCUAAAGGAGCUCUGCAGUACCUGGUGCCCAUCCUGACACAGACGCUCACCAAACAGGAUGAGAACGACGACGAUGACGACUGGAACCCGUGUAAGGCUGCAGGUGUGUGUCUGAUGCUGCUGGCCACGUGCUGCGAGGACGACGUGGUGCCGCACGUGCUGCCCUUCAUCAAAGAGCACAUCAAGCACCCGGACUGGCGCUACCGCGACGCCUCCGUCAUGGCCUUCGGCUCCAUCCUGGAGGGCCCCGAGCUCAGCCAGCUGAAGCCCCUGGUGAUCCAGGCCAUGCCCACCCUCAUCGAGCUGAUGAAGGACCCCAGUGUGGUGGUGAGGGACACCACGGCCUGGACGCUGGGACGCAUCUGUGAUCUGCUGCCCGAGGCGGCCAUCAACGAGGUGUAUCUGGCCCCUCUGCUGCAGUGCCUGAUCGAGGGCCUCGGGGCCGAACCACGCGUGGCCUCCAACGUCUGCUGGGCCUUCUCCAGUCUGGCUGAAGCAGCGUACGAGGCCACAGACGCUGCUGAUGAUGAGGAAGAGCCCAGCACAUACUGCCUGUCCUCCUCCUUCGAGCUCAUCGUCCAGAAGCUGCUGGAGACCACAGACAGGCCAGACGGACAUCAGAAUAACCUGCGCAGUGCAGCGUAUGAGGCUCUGAUGGAGAUCGUGAAGAACAGUGCCAAGGACUGUUACCCUGCGGUGCAGAAGACCACGCUGGUGAUCAUGGAGCGACUGCAGCAGGUCCUGCAGAUGGAGUCUCACAUCCAGAGCACCUCAGACAGGAUCCAGUUCAACGACCUGCAGUCCCUGCUGUGUGCCACCCUGCAGAACGUGCUGAGGAAGGUGCAGCACCAGGACGCUCUGCAGAUCUCAGACGUGGUGAUGGCGUCUCUGCUGCGCAUGUUUCAGAGCACCGCUGGCUCCGGAGGCGUUCAGGAGGACGCUCUGAUGGCCGUCAGCACUCUGGUGGAAGUUUUGGGCAGUGACUUCCUGAAGUACAUGGAAGCGUUCAAGCCUUUCCUGGUGAUCGGACUGAAGAACUACGCAGAGUAUCAGGUGUGUCUGGCUGCGGUCGGGCUGGUGUGUGAUCUGUGUCGAGCGCUGAUGGCCAACAUCCUUCCUCACUGUGAUGAAAUCAUGCAGCUGCUGCUGGAGAACCUGGGCAACGAGAACGUGCACCGGUCUGUGAAGCCCCAGAUCCUGUCUGUGUUUGGGGAUAUUGCUCUGGCCAUUGGUGGUGAGUUCAAGAAGUACCUGGACAUUGUGCUGGACACUCUGCAGCAGGCCUCGCAGGCUCAGGUGGACAAGACGGACUAUGAUAUGGUGGACUAUCUGAACGAGCUGCGAGAGGGCUGUCUGGAGGCCUACACCGGGAUCAUCCAGGGCUUGAAGGGAGACCAGGAGAACGUGCACCCUGAUGUGAUGCUGGUGCAGCCUCGUGUGGAGUUCAUCUUGUCCUUCAUUCACCACAUCGCUGAGGAUGAAGACCGGUCUGACGGAGUGGUGGCCAAUGCCGUCGGACUCAUAGGUGACCUGUGCACAACCUUUGGCAAAGAUGUGAUGAAGCUGGUGGAGGUUCGACCCCAGAUCAACGAUCUUCUGUCUGAAGGCCGGAGGUCCAAGACUAGCAAGACCAAGACCUUAGCCACGUGGGCCACGAAGGAGCUCCGCAAGCUGAAGAGCCAGGCUUGAUCACUGGCUGUGGAAAUUCUACCAAGAAUAAUGGAAAUCAAACCCACUGAGGUUUCUUCUGUCUUUUACACAUAGACGUGAAAGCAGAAGUGACGUGUGCGCUGAUGAGUGUCUGAGAAUGAGUGAGAGAGAGAGAGUGAGAGAGAGACAUCACACCACAUUCAGAGUUCAAUCCAGCAGCUGCCCUCUGACCCCUCUAAUGAACUGUUCCUGACCCCCUCAUGCUCUCUCUGAGGAGCUAGUGCAGUCUCCAUGUCUGCAGAGGUCAUCUGUUACACAAUCAUCUGUCAGAAGAUCCAGAAGGAAGUGAUGCUGCUGCUGGAGUUUGUAAUGGAGUGUGAGUGUGUGAAUGAACGGAGGGGGUCGCUGUCUCCACUUCCCCUCUGACUAUUUCAACCAAUAAUAAAUAAACAUGAUCAAUAUCUGGUUUGCAGAUUGCGUGAGAUGCACUUAUGUAAGCAUAGGAGAGCGGCUAGUGGUCAGGGAUGGGCAGCACUCGGGCGAUCCGGCGCAGAGCGCUCAUCCGGCUUUCUCAAUCUACAUUGCUGCGCUAUAUUUUUUUUCCCCUUUUAAAAAAAAAAAAAAUAGAAUUACUAAUAAGUAGUAGUUAGUGUGCUAGUGCCCUGGAGAGAGCAGACUCGCCGCUCCAGGUCAGAGUUCACGCAGAGCCAUCCAUGUUCAGGGCUGCAGGAGUUAAACACUUGCUCCUUUAUUCUGCUUCACUUGUCUUGCAGGAAAAUGAGUGCCAAAUCCAUGCGGAUACCAGUGGACUUGAGCUUAAUGUGUGUGAACACGUAGAAGACGCAAAUAAACACGUCAACGAUGUCACAAUCUGAUUUGCAUUGAUGUGCUUUGGUUGUAUUUCUUUUCUUUCUUGCGGCACUUAAUUGGAGUCAUUCACCAAGCUUUUAAAAAAGAAUGAACCGAAUCAGACGUUUGUAUGAGGUUAUAUUUUUCCAUUGAUAUGAGAAUAAAAUUAAAUUGAAUCUUUCCGGUUGUACUUCUGAUGCAUUCCCUGUGUAAUGCAAACCACCGUCGAUUGGUUUGACUUCACCGGAUCAGAUGGCACUUAAUGUUGGUGUUCUGCCGGUGCGGUGGGUGCCUUGCUGGGUGUCUCUUCCCCUCUCUCCACCUGUGUGUGGGUCAUGUUGAUGUUCAGACCUGAAAUAAUGAGGGCCAGUCCAUGCUGCAAGAGCUGUUAGCCCACUACAGAAGAAUCUGCCUUGACUAGAACCAUUGUGGUUUAUAAACUCAGUGAUGAUUCUAUGGUGUUUUUAUCAAGUAGAUUAAAGGCACAGUUUUUGCAUGACUGGUAUUAAAUAAAAGAACCUAAUGUGAAACUGCUGCGGUGUACUUGUUGAUGGACUUCACAUUUGCAAUGUGUGCAUAAUACAGAUUGUGAACUCUCAAGCCACUUGAUGCUUUUAUAAGUCGUUUAAAGUCAAUAAAUGAGCGACUUCAUGCUGA